AUGGAGAACUUGAAUACUGGCCUUAGUCCAGGCGAGCUACGCAUCUUUAUGAUUGCAAUGACCUGUGCUGUGGAUGGCUUAAACAAUGUCAAGAUCGACUUCGACCUGCUUGCUGAUAAAGCCGGGCUGAAGAAUGCUAGCAGCGCGAAUGUCCUUUACGGGAACGCUAGGCGCAAGCUCUUGGCCGCCCCCAGAAUUGUCGCUGCUCAGGCUUCCACUGGUUCCACCGGCAGCGGUUCCAAUCCCACCACCCCUAAAACAAAGGAAGGCAGGGUUGCCAAACAUACUCCGAAAUCGUCGACUCAUGGCAAAGGCAAGACCGCCAAAGCAAUUGCCGCAGCCGCCCUUGAGGCGUAUCCCUCUCCAAGUAAAACCAAAGUCAAAGGCGAGUCCGAAGCUGAUUCAGCCAUGGCUGCCAUAAUGGACGACGAUAAAGAGGUCAAACUCGAGAACACCAAUGUCGCUUUGGCGGACAAUGCGGAUGAGGUUGCCCAUGAUGUCGCUACUGAGAUGAUCAAAGGCACGUCUUAUCCCCGCUCCGAACUUGAGUGGUCCUUUUUUGAGCAAUCAAUGUGGCAUGUCGGUACUUACGACUAG